AUGGAUCCAAUCAAGUACAUCUUAGAGAAGCUUGCUCUAACCGGUAGAGUAGCCCGUUGGCAAAUGGCUUUAACUGAGUACGACAUCCAACAUGUCACUCAAAAAGCUAUCAAAGGGAGUGUACUGUCAAAUUAUCUUGCACAUCAACCUUUUGAGGACUACCAAUCUAUGUGCUUUGAUUUCCCUGAUGAGGAUAUCAUGUUGAUAAGGGAUUGCAACAUCCCCGACCCCGAGGAAGGACCAAAACCUAGAUCUCGGUGGACACUUGAGUUUGAUGGAGCUUUUAACCUUCAUGGCAAUGGCAUUGAGGCAGUCAUCACCUCCCCGACUGGUUUUCACUUACCCUUCACUGAAAGGUUGUACUUUGAAUAUACCAAUAAUAUGGCGGAGUACAAGGCUUUUUAUGGAGAUUCAGCCUUGGUCAUCAUCCAAGAUAAAUGGGAUUGGGAAGCCCGAGAUCACAAGUUGAUCCCUUACAAGGAGCGUGUCCUAAAGCUGAUCUUGUACUUAGACGAGAUUACAUUCCAUCACAUCCCUAGAAAGGAAAACCAGUUGGUCGACGCCAAAGAAAAUAUUUCACCCAUGUUUAAGGUAGAAUGGAAAAAUGAAGCACCAUCUUUCCACCUUGACUACUUCGACGAGACUGCUUAUUGUUUGGCAGCCGAAGACGGAGUUGAUGGCCAUCCUUGGUACAAUGACAUCACGAGGUUUUUGGGAAGCCAAGAAUAUCCUGAGAACGCAUCUAUCACCGACAAGAUGUACCUUUGUAAGUUGUCUACCAAGUUCUUUUUAAGUGGAUGGGUACUGUGCAAAAGGAAUUAUGAUUCGAUCUUGCUUAGAUGUGUAAAUAAAUAA